GGCAGCCUUGUCAAGCCUUUUGCCAUCGACUCCCGUCUGUCGUUGCGCAGUCAUCUUCCCUUCGUGAUCACCGUUUGCGUGUUCAUCUUAUCGGGAGAUCGAGUGUGACUCUUUUCUCUUUGAAAUAAGCUCGAUCUAAAGACUGACUUGGAAAGGAGCGCGUUGCCCAGUAUGCCGCCUCCGCCUCACAUCAAGCCUGAAAAUGCCCUGAAGAGGGCUCAGGAACUUAUCGCUGUGGGCCAGGCGCCGGCCGCCCUAAAUGUCCUUCACGAACAUGUCACCUCAAAAAGGACGCGCAGCAACCCGAUUUCGUCGCUCGAGCCGGUCAUGCUAUUGUUCGUCGAACUCUGUGUUGAUCUACGCAAAGGGAAGGCUGCCAAGGAUGGCUUGUAUCAGUAUAAGAAUAUCGCCCAAAAUACCAACGUGGGAACUAUCGAGAUCGUUUUGAAGAAAUUCAUCGAACUCGCGGAGAAGAAAGUGACCGAGGCUCAGGCCAAAGCGGAUGAGAUUCAAUCUUCUCUAGAAUCGGCUGCUCCCUCCUCUAAUGUCGACGAUUUGGAAGCUAUUGAGACACCCGAGACGAUCCUACUCGCCACGGUGUCCGGUGAACAGUCUCGCGAUCGCACCGACCGCGCUGUUGUCACCCCCUGGCUGAAAUUUCUUUGGGAAACGUACCGGACCGUUCUUGAGAUCCUGAAGAACAAUGCACGCCUCGAGGUUAUGUAUCAGAGCACAGCAUUGCAGGCUUUCCAGUUCUGCCUCAAGUACACUCGCAAGACCGAAUUCCGCAGACUCUGUGAGCUUCUCCGCAACCACGUCCAAAAUGCCGCCAAAUAUUCCGCUCAGAUGCAUGCGAUCAACCUCAGCGACCCAGAUACUCUCCAGCGGCAUUUGGAUACUCGCUUCCAACAGUUAAACGUGGCAGUGGAACUGGAGCUCUGGCAGGAAGCUUUCCGCAGUAUCGAGGACAUUCACACCCUCCUGAAUCUCAGCAAGCGCCCUGCUAAGAAUGUCAUGAUGGCCAAUUACUACGAGAAGCUGGCCCGUAUCUUCCUCGUCAGUGAAAACUACCUCUUCCAUGCUGCAGCUUGGAACCGCUAUUACAACCUUCUCCGUCAGUCUGCCGCAGUUCUUGCCGCUGGACACGGCUCAAAGAAGGAAAACCCAUCCGUCUCGGAAGCCGACAUGACCAAGGCCGCCUCCUUCGUCCUCCUAUCUGCUCUGUCAAUUCCGGUCAUCAGCACUUCUCGUUCCCGCGGCGCUCUUGUCGACGUCGAUGAGGUGCGCAAGAACAAGAACACUCGCCUGACCAACCUGCUUGGUAUGACUCAGGCACCCAGCCGUGCUGUUCUCUUCAGGGAUGCUCUGAACAAGGGUCUGCUCAGACGCGUGCGUCCCGAAAUUAAGGAUCUUUACAAUAUCUUGGAAGUUGACUUCCACCCUCUAUCUAUCUGCAAAAAGAUUACUCCUAUCCUCAAGCAGAUUGGUGCCGAUCCGGAAAUGGAGAAAUAUGUCGUUCCCCUGCAGCAGGUCAUUCUAACCCGCCUGUUCCAGCAGCUCUCUCAGGUCUACGAGUCAGUCGAGCUCAAAUUCGUUUAUGAGUUGGCUCAGUUCCCGGAUCCGUUCCAGAUUACUCCUGCUAUGAUUGAGAAGUUCAUCAUGAACGGCUGUAAGAAGGGUGAUCUUGCUAUUCGCGUUGACCAUGUCUCGGGCGUUCUCACUUUUGACUCGGAUAUCUUCUCCUCUGCCAAGGCAUUACAUUCCGGAAGCGCUGCUGGAUCUGCCGAGCACGAGUUAGGCACUGUGCAGCGCCUGCAGAAUACCCCGGCCGAGAUUGCCCGGCUACAACUUACUCGUCUGGCCAAGACCCUUCACGUUACCUGCAUGUAUGUUGAUCCUUCGUACACCGAAUCUCGCAUUCAGGCCAAGCAGGCUGCCUUCGCCCGCGCGCAGGCUGGUGCUACUCAGGAACACGAGGUGACUUUGGCUCGUCGGGCUAUUAUUGAGAAGAAGAAGGAGGCUGCUACGGAUGCCAUCCAGAGGAAGCAGAGGGAGGAGGAGACGCGUAAGCGGAUCCGUACACAGCAACUUCAAGAGGCUGAGAAGCAGCGACUUCUUGACGAGCACAGGGAACGUGAGAAGAAGCGGAUCAAGGAUGAGCAGGACCGCAUCCGUCAACAGGAGCUCAAGAAGCAGCUGGACGAGCUGAAGAGCGGAGUCAAGGGUCUCGAUCUCAGUGAGAUCGAUCUUCAAGAACUUGAUGCUAACCGCCUGCGUGCAAUGAAACUCGCCCAACUUGAAAAGGAAAAGAAUGACUUAAAUGAUCGCAUUCGCGUGAUCUCUAAGCGUAUCGACCAUCUGGAGAGGGCCUUCCGUCGUGAGGAACUCAAACACAUCCCCGAGGACUACGAACGCCAGAAGAAACACGACAUGGAGAUCUACGAGGCACAGAAGGCGGAGACUUUAGCCGAGGCUGAACAGAAGCACAAGGAGGCUGUUGCUCUGAAGCACCGUCUUAGCCGCCUGGUGCCUCAGUUCUCCAGCUUCCGCAAGGAGGUGUCAGAGAAGCGUCACGAGGAAUUCGAGAAGCGUCGCAAGGCUGCAGAAAGAGAGUUUGAGGCUAAGAAGAAGCAGCGUAUUAGGGAGGUUCAGGAACGCAGACGUCGCGAGAAGGCGGAGCGCGAGGAAGAAGAAAGGCGGAGGAAAGAGGAGGAGGAGCGCGCUAAGCGUGAGGAAGAGGAGAGGAUUGCACGGGAGGAGGAGCGCCGACGAGUUUUGGCAGAGGAGAAGGCCAAGCGCGAGGAAGAAAGAAAGAAACUCGAUGAGAUUGCCGCCAGGCAAAAACAGCGUGAGGAAGAAGCAGAGGCUCGCCGUGCUGCCCGGAAAACAACCGGUGGUGUUGUUGAACCUCCAGUACGACCUGCCGAGCCUGAACGCAUUGCUCCCCGCCUCAAUAUUGCCCCCCGCGCCAGUGGUGGCCUCAGCUGGAGAGAGCGUCUUGCAGCCAAGGAGGCUGCCACGGGAGCCUCUGGAGCCUCUGGACCUCCCGAAGCCCCCAAGGAGGAGGUUCCUCAGCCCCGGAAAACUGGCGGCUAUGUGCCGCCUCAUCUGCGCUCUGGUUCUGGCGCUCGUGGGGAAGCUCCUCCAAACGCAGCUCCUGAUCGCUUCUCCCGUUUGUCGCGCGAUCUUGGUUCAUCCCAGGCUCCCCCACGUGCUUUCCCCUCACGAACGCAGACCCCUGCCUCCGACGCGCAGCCAUCGACCGAACGCAAGUCCGCGGGCGCAUGGGUUCCACGGUGGAAACAGCAACAGCAACAGAGUUAAAUGGGACAUGGCUAAAAAAGGAAAAGUUGAUGCUGUGACUUUCUGAUGUAUGUUUAUAACAUACAUUUUUUUUCUAUCUUUUGUUUUUUCUAUCUUUCGUUUUUUCGUCUUCCUUGUUUCGCUUAUCAUGAGCCAUUAGGCAAGGAAAUUGUAAAGUUCUCAGGAUCCGGGCAUGACAUGAUGUCUUCUUUCUUUGUCUCAUUCAUUUCCUUCCCUCAAGUACUUAUGGAUAUGUUGUCUAUGUCCUGAUCAACAAAUGAAAUCCUCUUUGGUUGGAAAGUUCUGAUAGAUUCAAGGGUGGUAUCACUCUUUUUUCUUUACUCUCUUGAUUCUUUUCUCUUAAUAUACCCGUGUUUAUGGGAAUGCCUCUUGAUGAAAAUGGAUUAAAGAUUGUCAAUAAUAAUAAUGUUACUGUCUUUUGCAUGUUAAUUAUCGACACAAUGGUAUCUAUCAAAGUCAUUAAUGUGACUUAAAUACUUAGAAAAUGAACGUCAUGGCAAGCUUUGAC